GAUUGAUGGUAAAUUUACUAGCAAAGACAUUGGCCACAUGAGCAUUAAUCUUCUGUCUCUUCAGCUUCUUUAUUUCCUGUUCUUACCUGCAAACAAGUAACGCAAACACUCUCUGGUGCCUGAAAACUUAGCUCUACUUCUCAGACAAACAUACAGAUCAAAGCCAUCAACUUGUACUUGUUCUAAACCUUCCCUUAAUUAUAAUUACUUUCUUUUAAUUGUCUAUUGCUUCAGAUUGCUUUUUUCUAUAAUUUUCCCUUAUCAAUUCUCUCUCGUUUUAUUAGAUCUGUUUCAUAGUCAGUAUCUAUAAAUUUCGUAAAAAAACAAAAAAAAAAAAAAGAAAAUUUGCUCUGUUCUCAACUUCUCUUAAUAGUAUUACUCGUACUGAUCUGUUUGCUGUGUGUCUCUCUUUUUUCCCAGUUUGUUUAUGAAGCUUUCUCUUAAGUGUUUGCUGAAUUAUUUUGUUAUAUAAUAUUGUCCACUUCUUUUUCUUUCAUUUCCCUUGCCUGCUAAUUACCCUUUAAUUGUAUCUUUUCUUGAAAAGAUUUAAAAAAAAAAAAAAAAAACAGAGAGAGUGUGUGUGUCUGUGCAAGUAUUUAUCGGCCAUGGCUGAGGAAAUAGUAACGAGUACUGCCGCGGAACUUGCAUCAAAAGCUACAGAGUCGGCAUAUGAUUUGCUUAAACAGCAGAUAUCAUAUGUGUUCAAGUACCAGAGCUACAUCAACAACCUCAAGAAUCAAGUUGAGGACCUCAGAAUGAAAAGAGAAACAGUGGAGAAACCUGCAGAGUCGGCUGAAAGACAGGGGGAAGAGAUUUAUAAUGCUGUUAAGAAAUGGCUGAGUGAUGUAGGUGAUUUCACUGAAAGGGUAGCAAAAGCCAUCAUUGAGGAUGAAGAUAAAGCAAACAAGGGCGGCUGUUUCAAAUUGGGGUCAUGUCCUAAUUUGAUUCAACGUUACAAGCUUGGAAAGGAAGCAGUGAAAGCGGCAGUGACUGGGGCCAAUCUGUUGGGGAACUGCAGCUGCAAUAGUGUUUCCUACCGUCCUACUCUACAGAGGACAGAAUCCAUGUAUGUCAGAGGCUACGAGGCCUUUGAUUCUAGAGAGCUAGUAUUGCAAGAAAUUAUGGACACAUUGAAGGAUGGUAAUGUUAACAUAAUUGGGGUCUAUGGGAUGGGAGGUGUGGGCAAAACUACACUGGUCAAAAAAAUAGCUUGGCAGGUGAAGGAAGACAAGUUAUUUCAUGAGGUGGCCAUUGCUGAGGUAACACCAACCCCGGACAACAAAAAAAUUCAAGAAAAACUUGCUUGUGAUUUAGGCUUGGAAUUUAGGCAGGAGAACGAAUAUGAGAGAGCUGGUCUACUGCGCAAGAGGAUAAAGAAGGAGAAGAAUUUACUUAUAAUACUGGAUAAUAUUUGGACAAAACUUGACUUGGAUGCAAUUGGAAUUCCUCUUGGGGAUGCUGAGAAAGAAAGAAGAGAUGAUAACAUCAAGCCAUGCACAAUACUGUUAACUUCUAGAAAGCGGGAUGUAUUAAGCAAAGAUAUGAAGACUCAGAAGAACAUCCUUGUUGAUACUUUAUCUAAGGAUGACGCAUGGAAAUUGUUUCGGAAGAUUGUGGGUGAUUCUGCAGAAAGCUCUGAUUUUCAUCCUCUGGCAAUUGAGUUUGUUACAAAAUGUUCAGGUUUACCGGUUGCAAUCUCAACAAUUGCAAGUACAUUGAAAAAUGAGAGUCUUCACGUUUGGAAGGAUGCCUUGGCUCAACUUAAAAGGUCUAAUCCAAGACAUAUUCCAGAUAUGGAAGAAAGUGUGUGUUCUACUAUUGAGCUGAGUUACAAAUUUCUGAAAGAUGAGGAAGCUAAAUCACUAUUUCUUCUUUGUGCUCUAGGAGAUGUUGGCAGUCGCAUAUGCACUGGUGACCUAUUAAAAUAUAGUAUGGGUUUGAAUUUGUUUGGAGGUGUUUAUUCAUUAGAAGAAGGAAGGAAUAGAUUGCACAGGUUGAUAGAUUAUCUCAAAGCUUCUUGUUUGUUGUUGGAAGGUGACAAUGACCAUGCAAUCAAAAUGCAUGAUAUUAUUCAUGUUGUUGCUGUAUCGAUUGCAUCAACAGAGAGAUUCAUGUUCAAUAUUCAAAAUGUCACCGGCUUGAAAGAAGUACUGGGGGAGAAAAUACCAAAAGAUUCAACUGCUAUUUCUCUGCCUUAUGGAGAUAUCCAUUAUAAGCUUCCUCAACGUUUAGAGUUUCCAAAACUGAAGUUGUUCUUCCUGUUUAUGCAAAAUCGCUCACUACAACUCCCAGAUGAGUUUUUCGAAGAAAUGAAAGAACUCAGAGUUUUAGAUCUUACCGGAUUUCAUUUUUUUUCAUUACCUUCAUCCUUUUCCUGCCUAAAAAACCUUAAAACACUGUGUUUGGACAACUGCCUAUUGGAGGAUUUAAGAAUUUUGGGAGAGCUAAGUAAAUUAGAAAUCCUUAGUUUCUUACACUCUGACAUUGAACAGUUGCCAACAGAAAUUGGACAAUUGACUCAGUUGAAGUUAUUAGAUUUGAGCAAUUGUUUAAACCUUAAAUACAUUGCACCAAAUGUCAUCUCCUGCUUGUCUCAAUUGGAAGAGCUAUAUAUGGGCAACAACUUGGUUCAAUGGGAAGAUGAAGGAGUGGAUAAUCAAAGACGAAGAAAUGCUAGUCUUGAAGAGUUAAAACAGUUGUCUAACUUGACAGCUUUACAUCUUCAUGUUCAGGAUGCUCGAGUUAUGCCACAAAACUUGCUCUUCAAGAAAUUGAAAAGUUAUAAAAUAUUUAUAGGCGAUAAAUGGAAGUGGUCGGGUAAAUAUGGCCUUUCAACUUCAAGAACAUUGAAACUCGAGAUCAAUGAACGUAUUUAUUUGAGGCGUGGAAUUAAAAGUUUGUUGAAGAUGACUGAAGAUCUCUCUCUAGAGGGAAUGAAGGGUUUUAGAAGUGUUCUUUAUGAAACCAAUGCAGAUGGUUUUCCACAUUUAAGGCAUUUGCAUGUAAAGGAUUGUCUUGAUAUUUUGUAUAUCAUUAACUCAGAUGGUCGGAACCAAGCCUUUCCAAUGUUGGAGACCUUGAUCCUUUGUAAUUUGAUUAAAUUGGAGAAGAUAUGUCAUGGUAAACUCAAUGCAAGGUCUUUUAGCAAAUUAAGGAUCAUAAAAAUUGAAAAAUGUGAUAGAUUGGAGUAUCUCUUUGCAUCCUUCAUGGCAAAAAACCUUAUGCAGCUACAAGAAAUUGAAAUGACUGAUUGUAAGAACUCAAAAGAACUCUUUGGUGAAGAAAGUGAUGACCAUGGUGAUGAAAUUGAGAUAAAUAAUAAGACGGAGUUCAAUCAAUUGUGCUCUUUGACACUACAACACCUACCCAAAUUCAUUAAGAUCGGCUCUGACAUGAUGGUUGUCCUUUCAAAAUUGCAGGACUUGAAAUUGUGUUCAAUUAAUUUUGGAAAUACACAGCUUGAUCAAUGCCUAGCAAGGACUUCUUAUGGUGAAUGCCUAAAAAGCUUGAUUGUGGAGGAGUGUAAUGGCCUAAAAUUUUUGUUUUUAUCCUCAAUGGUCAAAAGUCUUAAUCAACUCGAAAAGCUUGUGGUAAGCAAUUGUAAGUCAAUGGAAGUAGUAAUCGACUCAAAAGGAGUAGGAGAAGAAAAGACAAUUGAUGUGAGUUUUCCUAAACUAUUGCACAUGAAGCUCGAACUCUUACCAGAACUCACAAGUUUUGGCAUUGGGAAUUUAAUUGAAUUCCCCCUAUUAAAAGAACUUCACAUUGAGCGUUGCUCUAAUUUGACGACGUUCUUUAGCAAAUCUUUUUAUCCAAACACGAUGAGGGAAGAGGUGAACUCGGAUAACUAUUUUAUUGAUAUGAUUCCGCUCUUUGACGAAAAGGUUGCUUUUCCAAGGUUGGAGGAGAUGGUGCUCUUACAGUUGAAUAACGUACAGUUGAUUUGGCACAACGAAAAGCUCCAUGCGGAAUCCUUCUGCAAGCUGAAAGUUGUGAGCGUGGAAUCCUGUGAAAAGUUAUUGGCUAUUGUUCCAUCUAAUACUGGAAGACAUCUCACCUUUCACAAACUAGAGAGAUUAGAUGUUGUGAAUUGUUGGAGUAUGAAAAGUCUCAUUCCGGUUUCUGUGGCUACUGGUCUUGUGCAACUUAAAGUGCUACGGAUAUUAUCUUGUGGUCUAGAGGAAAUUAUUUCUGGGGAGGAAGUUAAUGGGGCCCCUACUUUUUCGUUUCCACAAUUGGAAAAAAUCUACCUUGACACUUUACCAAAACUCAAGUGUUUCUAUCCGCGGUUGCAUGCAAUAGAAUGGCCAUUGCUUAGAAGUUUGUUUGUGUUUAAUUGCAAGAAGAUAAAAGUAUAUGCUUCUGAAUUUCUUAGAUUCCAAGACAGCGACAGGGAAAGUCAACUUGCCCUUUUUUCGUUAGAAAAGGUCAUACCAAAUUUGGAAGAGUUUGGUUUAGACGCUCAUAACUUCAAAUUGACAUUCCUCCAUAGUGAUCUAGCUGAGAGCUUUAGCAAACUUAAAUUGCUUCGGCUUCAGUACUUUGAUGAUGAAUUUGUUGCUUCUGUGUUUGUUUUCCUCCAAAGGUUAAAUUGUUUGGAAACACUUAUAUUUUUUCGUGGUAGUUUCAAAGAGCUAUUCCCCUAUGAAAAGGGACAUAUAUGGAAACAAGAUUUUCGAGGGGACACAUCUCUUCAAAAUCUACAAACUCUACAAGUAUGGUAUUGUCAUUGUUUGACAAUUUUAAUGCCAUCUACGACAUCUUUCAAUAAUCUUGAAACUUUGGAGGCAUGCUAUUGCGAUGGAUUAGACAAGAUACUAACAUGUGAAGCAAUCAAAAGUCUUGUCAAUUUGAAAAAUUUGAGAAUAAGACAUUGCAAAUUAGUGACUGAGGUAAUAGCAAACGAGGGAGACCAAGAAAAAGAUAUUGUUUUCGACAAAUUGAAAGUUUUGGUGCUUUAUUGUUUAUCAAACCUCACAUGCUUUUGCUCAACCAAUUAUUCCUUCAAAUUUCCCAGUUUGGAGCAAGUUGUUGUGAGUCAGUGCCCAAGAUUGAACAUCUUUUCUCAGGGAGUGCUAAGCACACCAUUGCUAGAGGAAAUAUUAUUGAUAAAAGGAGAUAAUGAUGAAGAAUUUUUUUGGAAGAAUGAUCUCAAUUCUACCAUCCAACAAAUAUUUACAAAUAUGGAUGAAAUGGAAGAAUGUUGGGAAGGCAACAGAGAAGAAGGCGAGGAUGAGGUGGAAGAAUCUCGGGAAAGCAAGACAGAAGAAGGCGAGGUUGAAGUGGAAGAAUCUUGGGAAGGCAACACAGAAGAAGGCGAGGAUGAAGGAAGAAUGUUGGGAAGGCAACCUUAAUUCCACCUUUCAAUAUUUAUUCAAAAAUAUGAAUGUGCGGAGCUCCAAAGAAGACUGAGGCCAUUCCUUCAAAUAGUUUGUGGUAGAUCAUGGUUCUAUCUCCUGCAGGUGAAAAGGGACUUUGUUUCUGCCAUCUUAGCUGAUUUUAUCCUCACUUUUUGUUGAAGGUGAAGUUCCCUCUGUUUACACAUUUGUCCAGUUGUUUUAUGUAUCCCAAUUUCCCGAGUUGCCAAGACAGUUUGGGCGGGCCAGAUUGCUGUUUGUCAAUUGAAGACCUUGUAUCCUUGUAAAAGCAAUCGAAACAGAGCAAGCCCUUGUAUCAAUUUAUGAAGAGGGCAAUAACACAAUGUCACAUUCAGCUAAA